UUGCACGUACCAUCCUCUUCGGCUUCCGUACGUUGCCACCACGGUGCGGAAGUCGUACUAAGGAGCACAGCCAGAGCUGCCACUGUUUAGUGUUGGCCUAACUGGGCUUUUCCGCGUCCUUGUUUCUACCGACGAGGCCGUGUCAGCAUUCAUCUCGACCGGCCCGAAGAAGACUAUUAUGUGAGCUUUGCGGUCAAGUGUGUGAGCACCGUGCAAACUGAGUUUUCUCGAGUCAUCUAUAUGGGCCAUCUUCUCUCCAAAAAUGGUUACCGUCUGAAGAAAAAGACACAUAAGCAGCAUCACCGGAAGAAGAAGAAGAGGAACUGCUUCCUGCAGGGGCCUUGCAUGCUGUGCUUCAUUAUCCAUAGUAGCAGCAGCAGCAGCGGCGGCAGCGGUUUCAACGAAGACAGCGACCCCCUGGAGGCCGGCGUCAACGGCAGCGGGUGCUGUCACAACAGCCUCACCGGCAUCACUGUCACGGGCGUCAGCGCAGUCGGAAUCAACGCAGCGGCAGCUGCCUCCAAACUCGCCGAGCGAUACGUCACGCUCGCAUCUCCCGAGGACUGCUCCAAGUUCCUGCUCUCUCCGCCAGAGUUGGCUAUUUGGGAAGGGACAGGGAGGAGCCUGUUGUCAGCUGUCCCGGCGAAACUCAUUCCACCGCCGGCUCUUUUUCGGACUGCUGGUGUGUCUGUGACUGUGCCCAUUCCUGUGCCUGUACCCGGCUGCACCAGUAACUACGCCGAGAUGGUGUGUAAGAGGAAGUGUUCCGAGGUCCAGAGGUGCACGCCUUGCAACAAGCAGCCACGCUGUGCCUUUUCUGCCCCCGAUGGUAGCAUCGAAAACGGAGGAGUGGGCGGAAGCGUCGGGGAGGCUUCCUCGAACACCCAAACUGGCCCCUGCCACCUUCCCAUCUGCCAGUUGCCCUCUUCCUCCUCCUCUUCUCUAUCCUCCUCCUCUUCCUCAACAGCGGCCGACGGCUGCUGUGGGUCGGCUCUUCAGGUGGAUCUUCCCCACAGCUCGGACUUGUCCCCCGCCAGCCUGCAGCACUAUGACGACUGCCAGACCAGAGGCUCUGACGCUGCUGAUCCUUUAAGUAUCAACCACUUGCCUUCUUCCAUCCUUCUUAAGGUUCUCUCCCAUUUGACGGUGAAGGAGCGUUGCUUGUGUGCCUCUUUGGUCUGCAAGUACUGGAGGGACCUCUGCUUGGACUUCCAGUUCUGGAAGCAAAUCGACCUCAGUGGCCUACAACAAGUAAAUGAUGAACUCUUGACGAAAAUAGCCUCUCGAAGGCAGAAUGUGACCGAGAUAAACAUCUCGGACUGCAGGGGGGUCCACGACCACGGAGUGUUCUCCCUGGCCUCUCAGUGUCCCGGCCUGCAGAAGUACACAGCGUACAGGUGCAAGCAGCUGGGGGACAUAUCCCUGGCUGCCUUGGCGGCACACUGUCCUCAGUUGGUGAAAGUUCAUGUGGGAAACCAGGACAGACUGACAGACAGGGCGCUCAUAAAGCUCGGAGAGUGCUGCAGUGAGCUGAAGGAUAUUCACCUGGGCCAGUGUUACGGUAUCAGCGAUGAAGGCAUGGUGGCUUUGGCCAAAGGAUGCCCCCAACUACAGAGAUUGUACUUGCAGGAGAACAAACUGGUCACUGAUCAGUCGGUGCGAGCGGUUGCCGAGCAUUGCCCGCAGCUGCAGUUUGUUGGUUUCAUGGGGUGCCCCGUGACAUCCCAAGGAGUCAUCCAUCUCACCGCACUCCGCAACCUGACCGUCCUGGACUUGCGGCACAUUUCGGAGCUCAACAAUGAGACGGUGAUGGAGGUGGUGAGGAAGUGCCGCAACCUCAGCUCCCUCAACCUCUGCCUCAACUGGAGCAUCAAUGACAGGUAUGUCAGCCUGUUCUUUUCAGUGACUCGGUGUCAUGCACACAGUUUCUAUUUUGGAUCACGCCAAUGCGGGCGUUUGAUAACCAUUGGUAAUCGCGCCCUCACACAGUAAGUAAAAAUAGUUUUUUUCCCAUAACUCCAUCCCAUGCCAAAUCAAACCAAACCAAAAUAAUGCCUUGUCAUCUUGCAGUCAAAGCAAGCGAACAAGUUUUAACAGAAAUGAAUACAAUUUGAAGGCAAGUCCACAGAGACAGAAAAACAAACAUCCAAUUUAGAAAGGUAAACAGAGCCAGAGGAUUCCCCUCAUGUUUUUAUUUCCCUGUAAUGACUCAUUAGUUGUCUUGAUUGACAAAUAAUGUGUUGACAAUUUAACAAUGAGUCUAUUUUCUAUGAGCUGACAGAUGUAUGCUGUUAUUAAAUAUUCUAAUUAGAUUUUUGUUAUCUCUAUUCCAAAUUGCUCAUUUGUUGCUUGACUGUUGGUUUGAUUUUAAAACACAUUUCAGCGACCAAUUAAUAGUUUUAUAUGG